UGUAGAUGGGUAUGAAAGAUGGAUGAUGAAAGCUGCAAACAAUGGUGCAGCUGCUUUUGGUGAAGUUGAAAGGCCUGAUGACAAGGAAGGUGGUGGUGGUGGAGGUGGUGGCAGAGGGCGUAAAAACAAUAAUGCAGAUGAUGAUGAAGGGAAUGUGUCAUAUAGAGGAGAAGAAGAUGAGGAUGAAGAGUUUGCAAGGAAAAAUAGACUUGGACUUAAUAAAAGAGGGGGUGAUGAUGAUGAGGAAUGCCCUAGAGGUGUUGAUCUUGAUUUUGAUGAUGAUGAUAUUGAGAAAGGUGAUGAGUGGGAGCAUGAGGAGAUUUUCACAGAUGAUGAUGAAGCAGUUGGUAAUGAUCCUGAAGAGCGUGAAGACUUAUUAGCCCCUGAAAUCCCUGCUCCUCCUGAAAUCAAACAGAUGAAGGCGAUGAGGUUACAAAGGCCGCUGUGAUGGACUCCUUCAAUUUCCAUUUCUACCCCUUGUGGCUACUUCAACACUUGACCAAAUGAAGGUUUCAAGAGGCCCAUAAAUCGAUCGGUUUCUUCUUCAAUCUGAUAUUGAAAACACCAAAGACGUGUUAUGCAUAUAUUCACGUGCACAGAAGUUGAUAAGCCUUUGUGGGUGGGAGCCAAGGUGGCUUCCAAAUAUUCAAGAUUGCGAAGAACAUUCUGCUCAAUCAGCUAAAAAUGGUGUUUCUUUUAAUCCUAGUAAACAUCAUAACCCUAAUAAGAAAACAAUAUCCAAAGAUUCUUCAAAGAAGGAAACUAGAUCCCCCUUAUUGGAUUGCAGUUUAUGUGGGGCCACAGUAAGAAUCUUGGAUUUCAUUCAUGUAAAUCGUCCUUCCCGUUUUUCCCCCAACAACAUCGAUGUCCCUGAAGCAAGUAAAAAUAUUGUAAUCACACAUGGAAUAAGUGCAGCAACUGGAAUCAAUGGAUGGGUUGAAGCUGAACAACAAACAGAAGACAUUGAUGAAGCUGCAACUACAUGAAUGGAUUUAAAUCUUACAAUGGGAAUUGGAUUGUCUCAAAAAAGACCUGUAUCUGACUUAUACCAAGACCCAAAUCUCGGUCAGGCUGCAGGCAGUGAGGUCGGGGGUCGGGCAGCUUCGUAUGAAUUUUGGGGCCCAAACAAAAGAAAUGUAUAUGAAGGUGGGAGUACAGUGGAUAGGCCACAGGGGAUUAUCCCCCAUACAAAUUACAUUGAAGGUGUUGUCAUUAACCGAUAUGCUGAUGAAGUCAACGAUAGUAAACGGGCAUGUGGGUCCAGGUCUUACAAAUGGGACUACUCAUCUGGUGCGGGUCCCAGUCGGGUUUCAUAUUUUGAUAUUGACAUAAAUGCCCUACCUCAUUCCACUAAAGAUUCAGCAAAAGCUUCAUCUGUUAUAGCAAUGGACACUUUUUUGUCACAGUGAUGAUGAUAAUGAUUCAAUGGAGAGUGUUGAAAAUCAUCCUGGAUAUGUAGGAGGAGAUGAGGUUAAUUACCCUUCGGUGUCUGGUGUUAAAAGCCCGGAUAACCAGGGGAAAAAUAGGACAAAUGAUGAAGAGGUUUUGAAUCUUAUGGGUCAUGGAAAAGACGGUUUUACCCUUGCGAUUAGUGGAGGAGGAAGU